AUGCCGACGGCUAUUGCUGUUCGCCCGAUAAGGGAUGGUCCGGUAGUCAAGAGACAGAAGCUCGGUGUAGGUGAAGUCAGAGGAGCGGAGAGCAAGGACGGUGUGAGGCGCGGAGGAAGAUCACGAAUAUUUGCGCCGUUUCGAACAGUAGGCCUCGUCUCCCCGACCGACGUCCCUUUUACCACCGUUCCACUCGGCAAGACCACCUUCCAGAUCACCACCUCCGUCGGAAGAUGCCUACAGACAUACGACCUAAAGAAGGGCCUGAACCUGGUCUUCCUGACCAGGCCGCAGACCCCGGAAGUCAUCACAGCUACGACUGCAUGGAGAGACAUGGUCUUAGCACCAUGGGGCGGAGAAGAGCCUGGAAGUCGGCGGGGCAUCUGGUCGUUCAAGCGUGGGAAGAAGGUGGACGAGCUUGAAUUGCCCCAAGGGCUCGACGAAAACAUCAACCAGUUGCUGGUGUUUGGCGCCUGGAUAGUGGGGUGCUGUUCGACCAGGAUCGAGGUCUGGAAAUCCACGACUCUGGAGCACUAUACGACCCUGACCGCUCCUUUCUCUCGCCAUGGCGGGUCUGGAAACCUCCUCACCGGCGGCAUCUGCAAUAUGCCGACCUAUCUAAACAAGAUUCUCGCGGGAAGACAGGACGGAAGUGUGGAGAUAUGGAACGUGAGCACCGGGAAACUCCUGUACACAAUCCUUCCGGCCGCCUCCGACUAUGGCUCUGUUACUGCCCUCCAGCCUACGCCGACACUAUCUCUGCUCGCCAUCGCCUACGCGUCAGGUGCUGUUGUCAUACACAACAUCCGAACGGACAAGGAGAUUAUCAGUCUUAACAGCGGCUCAGGUAGCAAAACAGCUGUAUCGUCAAUCUCGUUCCGCACCGACGGCCUCGGCGCUGGCGAUGAUGGGCAGAAGGCCGGCGUUAUGGCGACUGCCACCAAGACAACCGGAGAUGUAACAUUCUGGGACCUCAACGGAGGCGGCCGCAAAAUGGGGAUUCUCCGCGGGGCGCACAACCCUCCCUCGGCGCAUGGCGGUGUUGCCGGCGGCAUCAGCAAGGUCGAGUUCCUCGCCGGCCAAGCGGUCCUGCUUACCAGCGGUCUGGAUAACUCACUCAAGUCGUGGAUCUUCGACGAGACUCCGUUCUCGCCCAUCCCACAUAUCUUGCAUUCGCGUAGCGGUCACGCUGCUCCUGUGUCGACCCUGCAGUUCCUACCCUCGGAUGCAGACGGUGCAGACACCGGCGGCAAGUGGCUACUCAGUGCCAGCCGAGACCGCAGUCUUUGGGGCUGGAGCUUACGGCGAGACGGUCAGAGCACAGAGCUCAGCCAAGGCAACAUUAGGAAAAAGGCGAGGAAGCUCGGCAUCCUUAGCAGCGGUCUAGCCACGCUAGACAGCAGCACUAGCCUUGAGGAUUUGAAGGCGCCUAAGAUCACCUGCAUGGCUUGCUCGCUGAACCGCGACGGCGGAAUGGGUGCUACACCUGGCGCAACCUCGAUAUGGAGCAGUGCCAGCAAGAGCAAGGGAUCUGCGACGACUGAGCAAAGCGGUAGCACCGGUUGGGAAAGCGUCAUUACUGGCCAUGAAGGGGACAAGUUCGCUCGAACUUGGUUUUGGGGAAGGAAAAGGGCCGGCCGGUGGGCCUUCGAAACGGGUGACCAGGCGAAUGUCAGCAGCGUGGCCAUCUCGCCUUGUGGUACCUUUGGUCUGGUUGGCUCUGCGGCGGGCGGAAUAGACAUGUUCAAUCUGCAGUCAGGUAUCCAUCGGCAAAGAUUUCCCGCUCGCCUCACGCCGAAACAAGCGCAGAAGCUCAAGUUACAGCAAACGGAGGAGCCGCUCGACGAUGGCACGUUCGAAGGGCAAAAGAAGUUCUCCAGAGGCCAGGGGAAACACACCAAAGCUGUGACCGGCAUUGCCGUGGAUGGCCUCAACCGGACUGUCGUUAGCUGUGGCGCCGACGGCAAAGUCAAGUUCUGGGAAUUUGCAACCGGACUCUUGCUCCACGAAAUAGAUUGGUAUCCCAUGACAAGCAUCACAGGCCUGCGCUACCACCGACCUAGCGAUCUCAUCGCCCUCAGUUGCGACGACUCCUCCAUCCGGGUCAUCGAUAUCGACACUAAGAAGCUCGUCCGCGAGCUCUGGGGCGCUUCAGGCCGUAUCACAGACUUCUGCUUCUCAAAUGACGGCCGCUGGAUCAUAGCCGCGUCAUCCGACUCCGUUGUGCGUGUGUGGGACCUACCGACUGGCCAUCUUAUUGACGCAAUCAGAACACGGAGUCAAUGCACCGCGCUCGCCUUCUCCAACACAGGCGAGUACCUCGCCAUGGCCCAAGAAGACACCGUAGGCGUGCACGUUUGGACGAACCGGACGCUCUUCACACACGUCCCGACGCGGCAGAUCAGCGAUGCCGAGAUUGUCGAGAUCGAUGCGCCCGCCGCGUCAGGCGAAGGCGGUGAAUCGGCCGGCAAUGCAGCACUGGAAGAAGACGGUGAGGAUGUAUCCGAAGGCGAGGCAGACGAGACCGCCGCGCCUACCAUAGACCAGCUCAGUGAAGCCAUGACGACACUUAGCCUCGUCCCGCGGCCACGGUGGCAGACCCUCCUGAACCUCGACCUUAUCCGCGAGCGUAACAGGCCGAAGGAGCCGCCUAAGCCGCCGGAGAGAGCGCCCUUCUUCCUCCCAGCGCUGCAGAACGGAGCGAGCGGCACGCCUGCCACCGCCUCUAGCACCGCCCUCACCACCAACAACAACGGCACCCCAAACCCCUCCUCCUCCUCCCUAUCCCGCCUCUCUAAAAACGCCCUAGCCCGCACCGACGACCCAUUCACGGCGCUACUGGCCACAGCCUCCCAAACCCUCUCCUACGAGCCCCUAAUAACCCAUCUAAAGACCCUCUCGCCCGCAGCAGCGGACCUGGCGAUCCGCAGCCUGGAUCCAGCGCCGCCGUACACGGAGCUCGUGACCUUUGUUGCCGCGCUUACGGAUCGGUUGAGGCGAAGGAGGGAUUAUGAGCUCGUGCAGGCGUGGAUGGCGGUAUUUUUGCGGCUGCAUGGGGAUGUGGUGGGCGCGGAUGAGGGACUGGUUGGGGCGGUGAGGGAGUGGAGGGAUGUGGAGGGGCGGGAGAGGGAGAGGUUGGGGGAGUUGGUGGGGUUUUGUGGGGGGGUUUUGGGGUGGGUGAGGGGGACGUAG